CUCAAUACGACCCAAACACACUCCACUACUGCACAACCCGACCAGCACUUUCUGAAAUGAGUGAUUUACAAAGCGGUUUCUUAUCUAAGAUCGAACAGUGCAGAUGACGGCAUCGCUGCAACUUUUCAGAAAGCAACUUUGCCAAGAUUUAUAAACCCAGAGACUUGUUGUGUUUUUUUUUAACAUUAUAAUGACCCGUUACAUGUCUCUUCCUUACUUGACCAAAGCGUUUCAAAGAUCAAGCAACUUACUUAACGUCAGUUUAUCUGGAUUGCCUUUAAUGUCUAACAGGUCGACUUUCUUUCCGUGGGGCAACUUUACUCUGGACGAUUGGGAGAGCUUUGUAGGAUCGGCUAAAUACGAGGCAGAAUCUCAAAAUGCAACCGUCAAGGCUUUUCUUAUCGUGGCUUAUUCGGUCAUGAUAGUUAUCUCCCUCUUUGGGAAUGUUCUUGUGUGCCAAGUCGUGAUAAAGAACAAACGGAUGCAUUCUGCUACCAGCCUGUUCAUUGUUAAUCUCGCCGUAUCGGACAUCAUGAUAACUCUUCUUAACACUCCUUUUACACUGGUCCGGUUCGUUAACAGUACCUGGGUGUUCGGAACGGUCAUGUGCCACAUCAGCCGCUUUGCUCAGUACUGCUCACUGCACGUCUCCACACUCACCUUGACCGCCAUCGCUCUGGACAGGCACCAGGUUAUAGUGCAUCCUCUAAAACCACGCAUGUCAACUGCCAAAGGUGUACUCUAUAUCACCGUCAUCUGGAUUAUGGCGAGCUGCUUCUCUCUUCCUCAUGCCAUCUAUCAGAAGCUCUUCAAAUUUGAAUACAGUAAAGAAAAGAUUCGGAGUUUGUGUGUCCCAAAUUUUCCAGAGCCAGCGGAUCUGUUCUGGAAGUACCUGGACCUGUCCACAUUUAUCAUGUUGUAUGUGCUACCCCUUUUAAUCAUCACUGUCACCUACACCACUGUUGCCAAGAAGUUGUGGCUUCGCAAUGCAAUCGGGGAUGUGACAACAGAGCAAUAUUUUGCACAUCGCCGGAAAAAGAAAAAGACGAUUAAAAUGCUGAUGCUGGUUGUGGUGGUGUUUGCUGUCUGUUGGUUUCCACUGAACUGUUAUGUUGUCCUUAUAUCUAGUCAAAUCAUUCGUACCAACAAUGCUCUUUAUUUUGCUUUCCACUGGUUUGCCCUGAGCAGCACUUGCUAUAACCCAUUCAUCUAUUGCUGGCUAAAUGAGAGUUUUCGUUUAGAACUUAAGUCUCUCUUAAAUAUAUUCAGAAAACAACGUGAAGUGCAGGAGCAUAUCCUUCCAUCUAUGGCCCCUUCUUACAGGUUAGCAUGGCCACAACAGAGUAACUGCAAGAGACAAGAUCCACAGAUUCUUCGCUCAAACAGUAACAUCCAGUCAGGAAAGACAGAUAUUUCAUCAGUUGAGCCAAUAGUAACGAUGAGCUAAAAAUGAGAGACCUGCCGAUUUCUAUCAUCAUCUUACGAGAGUUGUGUAAUAUCUAGUUCUAAAGAGUUCAUUUAUCACAGUGCUAUUGUACAGAAUAUUUUUAUGCUUUAUAAAACAGGUCAGCAUUAUUGAAAGUAAUUGUUCAUUAAAUAUCUUAAAUGCAACAACUUGGAUUGUUCCAAAACAUUCAUCAAUGUGCAAAUGAAGAUUAAUUAGCAUUGCCCAGGGAGGAGGAAGGGGAGUCUGGCAUUCUUACCAACCAACCACCUACACUGAAGUGGACGUAUGCUAAGGGGAGACAGGAUAAGAAGUUAUUGGUCAUAGUACCAUUAGGUGUCUGCAUCUCGGCUACGGGAAACAAAGUUUAAUUCUGACCUUAGAAACAUAGAAACAUAGAAAAUAGGUGCAGGAGUAGGCCAUUCGGCCCUUCGAGCUUGCACCGCCAUUCAAUAUGAUCAUGGCUGAUCAUCCAACACAGUAUCCUGUACCU